CGGUGCUGUGUGUACUAGAUUUCGUUCAAAUUUCCCGCUUCUUAGUUCGUAUGUUGAUUGUUGUUGAUUUAAAGCUCUAAAGUUUAUACCAAAAGAUAUGGCAAUACAAAAAGCAUCACGACUGGCUGGAAUUGUUUUGAUCUUCGUAAAUUUUGUCACAACGAUGUUAAGCCUAGCUUCAUUCGCAAUUGGCCUAUGGGUGAUAAUCUCUCCGAAGACGCUGGCGUAUGUCCUCGAGAGAGCUGGUCCGUUAAAGACAUUAUUUCCCGAUGAAGUUCUGACAGUACAACUAGGUGUAGGAAUAGCGAUGCUCAGUAUAUUUUUUCUCUUCAUAUCUGUCAUGGGACUCUAUGGUGCUAUUAAUUGCUCAACAUUUAUUUUGUUUAUGUAUGCAGCGCUGGUAUUACUCUUGAUGCUAUUGGAGUGUGCAGUUUUCUUCUACUUUACAUCAAAUAUUAAAGAAAAAGGUGUCCAAGACAGUGACGGAGCUUUGGGACACGCAUUACGGCUGGCUUUUCGCUGUUGUGACAACUGGGUGUCAACUGAGUAA